AUGCCCGAAGUCAAGGUUAGGAUUCCGCUCUCGCCGCCAGAUUCUCCGCGCAUGUCGGGAGCGAACGUAACGCGAAGUGAGCAUUUCUGGCCCACCCAAACGCUUCCAGUCGACAGUCAGAGCCCUAUCUCCGAGACGCUGCUCUUCGAUGAAGUUCGAACACAUGCACAGUCGCUCAACGCCCGGCAGAUACAAAUGAGACCGAGCCGGCCGUCUCUGCGCACGCACAGAAGCUUUCCCUAUACAAGCGGGCUCACACAGAACCCCGUCGCACAAGACGAGAAAACAGUAACAAACGCGCUGCUAUUCGAAGACGUUCACGAUCAAUCUGUGACACUUGGGCAACCUCUGCCAACACUGGGCUUACCAGGCCUGCCGCAAGCGACAUACGGAGGUUCUGCGCCGACCAGCCCACAAGCGCGACUGACGUCGACCUCUCCGAAAGAGCCAUUGCCUGGUGCGGACCAUGACUAUGAAGACACAGAGCUUGACCCUGCUGAGCAAGAUGACGGUGAGAUCAGACCGCCGAUGACCGCCGCAGAGUUAAGGGCACACAAGCGCAAGAUGAAGCGCUUUCGCCUCACGCAUAAUCAGACGCGGUUCUUGAUGAGUGAGUUUGCAAGACAGCCACAUCCUGACGCUGCGCAUCGCGAGCGGCUUUCACGCGAGAUACCAGGCCUAAGUCCGCGUCAGGUACAGGUCUGGUUUCAGAACAGACGAGCGAAGCUGAAGCGGCUUAACACAGAUGAUCGUGAGCGCAUGUUGCGCUCCAGAGCAUUGCCAGUCAACUUCGACAUGACUCAAGCUCUACAUUCACCCUUCACCUCUCAACAGUCUCCGAACGCCGCUUUUGUUGGCCUGCCAAUGCUACCGCCAAUCUUGCGUCCGGCCUUCGGCAAUGCGGUGGGAACUGGGCCCUUAGCGGUAGAUACAUCAGGUCAUAUUUCCGCUUGCAAUGCAUACGAUCAGCAUGGACCGCAAUACUCGUCAUCAUUCAGUACGACUCCUGCACUAGCCGCGCUCGCCUUUACGCCGCCGCAAUCUGCAACCGAUCUAAUAUCGCCUGGGACAACUCUCAGCAACGCUGCUAUUUUCAACAUGACAAUGCAAAGCAGUACCCGAAGCCCGACGUAUGGGACGCUUCACUCACAAGCGUCAUGGCAAAGCAUACCUGAAGAAAUGGGACACUCACAAAGCGCGACGGCCGGUCCUCAAUUACGUUCAAGCACAUCGUAUCCGGAGAUUGGCUUGGGAGAGAUGUCGCAAGGUCCAUCACUUGGACGAGCGGCCUCGGUACCAAAUCGUUUUGCGACACUUCACGAAGGGCAUGAGAUGCAGCGAAACUUCGCAGACACUGUGGUCACUCCUGAGCCGAUCGGUCUCGGCUUCUCUUACAUGCAUACUCCACAUUGGCCGAAUGUCGACCGACAACAACCCCACCAAUAUCACCGGCCGCAACCCAAUGCCUUGCCGCGUGAAGCCACUCAACCUAGCGACUCACCACAGAGUCGACGUAAGAGCAGUCUCUUGGUGAAACCGACGUUGACGCCGACUCUAUACGAGCACUUUGAGCCAUCUCAGCUUGCAAUUCCCGAUUCACAUUACCAGGAGUCGAGUAGCUUUACGGCACACGGCACCCCAAGACCUGCAGGCAUAUUCCGACCGCCCGACUCUCGUACUCCAGCUGGCCCGCGUGCGAGCUUCGCGCCGACACCAACUCAUCCAUAUCACUUUCUUGGUUUCAGCGAUGCGGACGACAGGAAUGAUAGUUUACGACGGUGA